UAAACCGGAUCAAGGAUGAAAGAGACUCAGUGGCGGAGAGCAACCGUUGUGAUUGGGCGAAGGCGCAAAGGGAAGCAGCAUUCUCCUCCUCUCUCUCCCUUUCACCAGGAAAGAGCCCCAAAACAAGAUGGAGAGGAUGCAAGGAGAGGGAGAGGUGGACCACCUGGAGCGACCGAGCCCGCUGACUGACAAAGACAGGGUGAUGAUCCAGGACUCCUGGGCAAAGGUCUACCUGAACUGUGACGACGUCGGAGUGGCCAUCCUCAUCAGACUAUUUGUGAACUUCCCGUCCUCCAAGCAAUACUUCCGACAGUUCAAAAACAUGGAGGAGCCGGAGGAGCUGGAGAGGAGCACCCAGCUCAGGAAUCACGCACGGAGAGUCAUGAACGCCAUCAAUACGCUGGUGGAGAACCUGCACAACCCGGACAAGUUAGCCUCCGUGCUGAUGGUGGUUGGCAAGGCCCACGCCCGCAUCCACAAGGUGGACCCGGCGUAUUUUAAGAUCCUCAGCGGUGUCAUCCUGGAGGUUCUAGGGGAGGUGUUUCCAGGGGUGGUGACACCAGAGGUGGCGGCGGCGUGGACUAAGCUCUUGGCCACCAUCUGCUCCAGGAUCGCAUCCGUCUACGAGGAACUGGGAUGGACGAAGCUCUCAACCUCAACAGGGUGAAGGUUUUUACGGGUUCGCUGGAAGGGUACACGCUCUUUGACCUCCGACGGUGUGAUUUCCUGGCAGGGUGAUGAAAUACGUCACACGUGAUGUAAACGCCAAUACCAAACAGUACUCUUCUCGCUCAUUACUCAAACUGCUUUUAUGCAGCUGCAUUAGACCUAAAGAUGGAAUGUGACCAAACUGGAAUCCCGGAAUCUGGAAUUGCUUGUAACACUAAAAAAAAUCCAAACCAGUCAAAGAAAGCAAUGGACACAUUGUGUGCCUUGUGAUUAACGAGUACAUGAGUACAGUAUAUCCUCAAACUGCCGUGCAAAUAUGGAUCUUUCUUACCUUGGUGAUGUUAUGCCAUCACUUGUGUGUACACCAUGCCGUAUAUACCUAGACUACCAGGACAUUUUUACAUUUUUAACAGGAACGAUUGUAGAUUUUCUCAUUAUGGCUCACCUUUGUAUCCAUAUUAACAUUUUGAAAUAAAAAAGGGGACAAAAAGGCA